GGAAUAUGUUUCUUUUCAUUUUAUUCAUGAAUUAAUUAUGAUUUUUCAAUACAAAAUCGUAAUUUUGACAAAAUCAAUGCCAAAGAUUAUUCGUUCAACAAUUCAUGGGCAGGCGGGAAGUUUAUAAUUUGUUAUUAGGUCGUCGUCAUGGCACCGCUUUACAAACAAUACAUUAACAACAGUUCUCAUCCGUGAUAAAGAAGUCAAAAAUCAUGAAGUUAAAAAUAUCAACUUUCAAGGAACCCAAACAUACGGGUGUUGUAGUUUGUGUUAAUUGGAAUAAUACAGAAGAUGUCUUCUCUUGUGGAGAUGACCACAAACUUCUAAAAUGGAAUUUGGUGAAUAGCGAAUGUAUAGUCGUAACAACUUUCGCCGAUGAUUUUUAUCCGACUGGAAUGCAUUUGUUUCCGAAAAUCAAUGUUGGUGGUAACAAGCAUCAGCAUGACGUGAUUCUUAUAUCAACUGCAGAUGGCAAGUUCCACAUUGUGAACCACAAUGGUCGUAUAGAAAAAACAGUGAAUGCGCAUCAAGGAGCAUGUCUUACCGCACAAUGGAGUCCCGAUGGAGCUGGACUAUUAUCAGCUGGUGAAGAUGGUUUUGUCAAGGUUUGGUCUCGUAAUGGACUGCUGCGUUCUACAAUAGUCCAAUCAGAUAUGCCAUGUUUCAAUGCAGUAUGGAGCCCCGAUAGCAGUGCCAUAUUACAUACUAAAGGAAAUUUCCUUGUGAUAAAACAAUUGAAUUCAAGUAAUAAGAUCACAAAAUGGAAAGCCCACGACGGUCUUAUCUUGUGUACUGCUUGGAACGCAAACAACAACUUGAUCUUAUCUGGUUCCGAAGAUGGUUUCUCGAAGAUUUGGGACACAUUUGGCCAACAAAUAUCAGUGAGUGUGAAACAUGAUCAGCCCAUAACUAGUGUUAGCUGGUCUCCCGCUGGGGAUAUGUUCGUAGUUGGAAGUUACAACCUUAUCCGUCUCUGUAAUGCUAAUGGGUGGUCUCACUGCUUAGACCGACCGUCAACGGGCAGUAUCUAUAACGUAGCAUGGUCGUCCGAUGGGACGCAAUUAGCAGCAGCAUGUGCCAAUGGGCACGUACUAUUUGCUCAUAUUAUUGAUCGCGAAUACACUUGGAAAAACUACGCUUGCAACCAAGUAGGUCGUAAAGUGAUCGCAAUAAGAGACAUUAUAACCGACCAGAACGAUCAGUUAGACUAUCCAGAUCGGGUCAUCCAAAUUGCUUUGGGGUUCAACCAUUUAGUUACUGCUACGGUAAAACAGUGCUUCAUACAUAAGCUGACGUCAUGGAAUACUCCGGUUACUUUUGAUCUCAAAGAAGGUACCAUCAGCAUGAUACUGUUAGCUGAAAGAUGUAUAUGUAUUGUAGAAAGAGCUGGGCUCUCUGUGUAUAGCUAUAUGGGUCGUCUUCUUGCGAGCCCACGCUGGGGUGCGAGGCCUGAGACUUUGGGACGAGCUGGUGUAUCUCUAGGACCGGAUGCCUUGGCUGCCAUUGAUCAAGUUGAUCGAAAAUUGAUCCAUGUUUUCGAUCUACCAACGGGACUGAUAGUCCGUAGUUCAGCAGACAAUACAGUCACAAAGCUGACCCAUAAGAUGACCGUAUCCAGUAUCGCUCUCAGUCAAACAGGUCCAAUAUCAGAGAGACAACUCGCCUUGUUAGACUACAACAGAGAUUUGUACGUCGUCACUGUCAAGGAUAGCAAGCCCAAAUUUGUAAAACUAGGAUCCCAAAUUCUCAGCAUUUGUUGGAGUUACGAAACUGAGUUGUUAGUGGGUUUGCGAGCCAGUUCAGUGGUGGCGUGGUGCUGCCCCCGAGCUGCGUUACAACCAGAUUGGCUUGCUCUUACUACAGUGAGCAAAGAUGUUGUGGAUUUAGGCAGAAAUCCUUCAAUUAUAAGCGUCGAAGAUGGUGUGGCUCACAUCUGCCGCGGCAAUGGUUCCAUAUUGCAUUUGUCCAUUGCUGCCUUCCCUGAGAAGUUGUUGAAACAUGUAGUGGCCAAUAUGUGGCAACCAGCUCUUCAGCUAUGCCGCACCGUGGAAGAUGAAACUCUUUGGGCAUGUCUUGCGGUUUUGGCGUGGCAGCAACACCAGUUAGCAGUCGCAGAAGAGGCUUUUGCGUUGAUUCGACAAUAUCCCCAAGUGUGUUAUAUACAGCAUCUUCGAAGCAAUAUUCCUGAGAAAUUAUCAACAAAUUAAUUUUAAUUUCCAUUGCCUCGUUGAAUGUGUAUGUCGACAUGGAAUUUUACUGAAAUCACCUACUUCGUGAGUGAUUUAUUUUUUCUAUUUGUAAUCUGAAUAAUAACUUUACUAUGUUGUUCAAUAAAUAAUAUAUAACUGCAAU